CAAAGGAGGAUAAACACAUGGAAGGUGUUGUUCUAAUUCCUGAUGAAAAGGAGGAUCUAUCUAAAGAUGAUGGUGGAUCCAGCUGAGACAAGUUGGCCAAGUAACAAAGUCUGAACAUCUCCAUGCUUGGAAGAUGUCUAAUUGCAAACUGAUGAAACAGACACCAGUUAUUAUAGCACCAGAAGUUGGCAUGGUUGUUCUCGACGGUGUACAUAGCAAUAAUUUUGGUCAUUAUUAGACCUGUAAAGUCAGGGACAUUCACUUAGUAUGUGGACAAGUUUCUGACAUACAUAAGGAGCCAAUUAACAGGAUCUGUUGACUGAGUUGAUGUAAAUCACUAAUUGCCAGAUGUUUUUAGAGAUUAAAGUCUCAAAUUGCCUACAGGGACAAAAAUAGGUGAUAGUAUGCACAUCAGGGUGGAAGAUGGAAAUUGUGGAAUGAUCUGGAUACUGGCACAAGUUUCUGCACUGAGAUGGAAACAAGACAGAGCUCUCCAGUCUACUCAGUGGCAACAUAGUUUACUGAGUUAUUUCUGGUUUUAGUGGUGAUGACCUUAGGAAAAGAGCUCCAGUAUUUACAGGUAAUUAGUGAAAAGGGUCUGUCCCUUGAACACUUGAGGAGGCUGACAUGAGAACCGCUUAGUGUACUAUUUGGUGCUGGAAAGUUUUUCCAUAUCUGGAAGUGAUUUACAUGGGACAAAAAUAACUACACAAUGCCUACUUUCCAGGUGCUCAUAGGGUGCACCAUUCAGGUUUGCCUGGGGAAGAGAAAAAUGGAAAGGGUGGUCAUUGUGCAGUAUGUCUGACAAUGUGAUACCGGCCUUGUGUUCACCAGUGCAGACACCAAAAGAAGUUCUUCUUGCAGUCAAGAGACUUAUAGUGCUGAUGUAUGAUAAGGAUAACCAAAAUGAAAGUUGAAAGUGAGAAUAAGGCAAGACAACUUUGUUUACAAAGAAAGGCAGGAGAUAAAGACAUACCACCUACAAACAAUUCCCUGCAAUAACACAUCCUCUGUUUUGGAUACCAUUCUUGUCAUGUGUGGGGUCAGUCCCUCCCCAACCACAACUGCCAAGUCCAGUAGAUCAAAUUGGUUGGAUGAGACAUAUAUCAUCUGCACAGUGGGAAAUAAGUAAACUGGAUGACCCUGCCACCUGCUGGCGUGGAUGUGUAAGGAUAUAGAAGAUGGGCAGAUGUGUAAAGAGCAUCUGGCAUGAUCUCUGCCCUGUACACUGCACUGCUAAUUUGGACGCUGGUGAGCCACCAAAGUCACAUCUUGAGUGCUUAUAAUGUUUAAAAUGCAGCUUAUGAUGCCUAAUGUUAUAAUUGUUCCAAGUUUCAUGCUUUAUCAAAAAGUGCAAAUUAUUCCCCCUUAUCGAAUGUUUUCUCAAAUCCCUCUACAUUUUUUUAUGGAAAUUACCUGCAGAGUAUUCUGUCCAAAAAUGUCUUUAUUUUGCAUAUACUUGAAACGGAAAUAAAAACUAAAUUUUUCUGUUGUGGUUAGUGAAAUUUAAUUGGCCUUUUAUAACAGGGUCUGGAAGGGGUUUUCUUUGAUCUGUGAGUUGACUGGAAUAUAACGCAUGAAUCAGGAAAACAGAUUGAAUACAGCCAUGAUUCACCGUGAUGCAUGAGCUACUGAAGUUGUCAUCCAUGAACUGUGAUCUCUACUGAUACAAUUUCAUGAACAUCAGAUAACUCUUGUGCGAUCAACAAUCGGAGUUGACUCUGCAUCUGAUGAGGAAGACCACAGUUAGCAGAGGAAUAGGAUCUGGAAGAAGCGAGUGAAGUGAGACUUCAUGAGUUGCAAGCCACUCAUGUGAACUUCCUAUCAAACACCAUCCACAUUCAAUCAAGAAGGCAAUAUUAAGUCUUUGAUUAAGAAUACAUGGGAAUAGUUAUUUCACAUUAGGGCUUAGGCUGAGAUUUUUGUGAAAUAUUUUUACCAUCUAUAUACUAACUCAAACUUCAUGAUAUGUGUCAAACAUCUUAGACAAGUACAAAUUAUGGACUGCAGCAGUUUCAAACUUAAAACAUGUUCAUAAGAAAAAACCGCAGAGCUUCAGUUUGUGGUACAAGACAUAAAACUUGAUCGCCUUUGUGCCCUUUGAUAUGGUCAACGAAAAGUAGAGAAGCUUCUGACAAUGUAUACUGUGCCAUUUCAGAUAACCAUACUUUUCAUUGCCACAGAUGCAUGGAUGAACUGUAAUCCUUGUCUGUCUCACAACAACAAAAAAUUAAGAUUUCAAAUAACUCAUGAUUUCAGCAAGAACAUUGUCAUUGAUGCUGUUGUUAAAAAUGUCAUCUGGCAGAUGAGCUCGGAUCGCAAAACAACUGCGUUGAAACAACUUCAGGGUCACAUUUGGAAAGAGGCAUUUGAAAGUGGAAAGAUCACGGGAGAGGUGUUUGAUGACGUUGUCCCAGCUUUCAAUCAGUGGACUUCAAAUCAAAUCAAAAUCUACAUCUAUUCAUCUGGUAGCAUAGAUGCUCAAAAGCUUCUGUUUGGCAAUUCAAAGUUUGGAGAUUUAUUGCAGUAUAUAGGUGGACAUUUUGACACCACAGUUGGAGCGAAAACUGAAUCGAGCAGUUACAUGAAAAUUGCUGAGGCCGUUGACAUGAAACCAUCAAGAAUUCUUUUUGUUACCGACGUUAUUAGGGAAGCGAGAGCCGCAUUUGAAGCAGGGUAUACAAUUGCUGUUAGUGUACGACCUGGAAACGCAGCUCUAACAAAUGAGGAUAAAAAGGACUUUAUUACUAUAUCUUCAUUUAACGAGUUGUUUAGUGAAGAGCGGCCGCACCGAACAAAGAAAUCAAAGGGGGAUGAUUCACAAAAAUGUCAAAAAUAGACAGAUACCACAUCAGUUGGACGUAACAGAGGGUAUACGAGUAUAAAGUUUGGUGUUUGUCUUGAAAGUGUUGUUCGUCUUCUGUGGGAUCUCGUUAAUGAUUCAAGGAAAAUCGAACAGCAUGACAUUUGCUGUUUGUCGGAACACAAGCAAAGAAGAAAUGGAGUUCGCCAGGUCAUAGUUAUUACAGGGUGUCUGAUAGUAUACGUCUUAAAAGGUGUCAAACACCAUCCUAAGCUAAAGAAUGAUGUGUGAUUUGGAAGUAAUUACGGACGUCUGAUCUUUUAUUGUCAGCGAUGGGUCAGUUUCUAGACUUUCAUUAUAUGAAACAAGUCGUACUUUAUUAAGUGCAAGGAGGGGUACUUCUUUCCAUAAAACUCCAGCGCAAUGAGGGGGAAAAUACAUUUUGCGACUUCUCCUACUGUCUGCUUAAUGCAGGUUUCACUGUAGAGCGAAAUAGUCAUGAAACCUGGAAAAAUAAUUAGUUUUGUUCCCAUUUUUAGCCUCGACUUUGCACAAAACACGGUCUUUAUGUGUCAUCAUGUGUAUGUGUUCAAGCAGCCAACAAAUAGAAACAUGAAAGGGAAACACCCUUAGCUCAAGGUCUGGAUCCGCCACUGGAAAAGUAUAAAACAAGAUUGUGCUCGUUCGUGGAACUCAAUAUCAUUCUUGACGUCUUGAAUUGUUUGCCGCGGUUCGAUCGAUUGAAAGCACAGUAGUCAGCAAAACGGUGCCACGUUGCAGUCAAAAUAUCAGUGAUGGAAAUGAUACUUGUUAUGUUAAACAGUCAAAGCUGGCCAAUUGGGUAUUUAGUAAAGGUGCUUUCGCUAUUGACAUUCAAAUUACAGGCUCUCCAAAUGAAUACUGACUUGAAAACGCGAGAGAAACGUAGAAAGUACGAUCUGUAGAAGCUUUCCUCGAUUUUGUUCGGAUUUUCUCAAAUAAGAUGGAAAGCAAAUAAUAAACUCUUGAUGUAAUUUGAAGUACUGAAA